AUGGCGCGAUUUGGGGCUGGAAGAAAAUCAAAAAGUGGAAAGAAAAAAGCCCUUCAAUUGAAGGGUAGACAAAUGUCUAAAAAAAGACCUUUGCUUCCGAAGAAAGGUGUGACACAAACAUCAUACGAAACUGGAUUCUUCGAUUUCUUCAAAGUGUUCUGGAAGAAUAAUCAACGUAUGGAAUUAUGCAAUUUAACAAAGCAAGUUGUAAACGCUUGGGAAGCUCUUCUCCCGAAACCAAAGCUGAGCAAGCGGAAAGUUCUCAAGGAUUACUCCAAAGAAUACAAAGCACUUCAAGAAGAAACACGAAGGCAACUGCUAGCGAAACAGGAACUUCAGAGAAAUAAAAGGGAAAACAUGGAAAGGAAAAGAAUGAAGAAAACGAAUGAAGAUGAUUCGGGGACCGAAACUGAGGCAAAUAGCAGAAGCAACUUCGAUGAUACCGAUGAAAGCAUCCGUAGUGACAAGCGAGGAGGUACUGAUAACGAAAGUCAAAGCAGUAUGGACGAAAAACAAACUCAUACUGAUGAUGAGAGCAUGAGUGAGAAAAAUAGUGCAUCGUAUGGCGAAUCUGGAAGUGAGUAUGAGAGUGAUAAGGAAACCCUUGUUGAAAACCGAAGAGAAAAACGUAAGAGGAAGGGAAGAAAGUAUAAAAGCUAUGACGAAUAUGUCAAGAUCAGAAAUAAAAAGUUCAAAUUAGACUCAGAUGAUGCCGAUGGAAACAGCAAAGGAAGAGCUGGUCAUGAGACCAAUCAGGAAGCAAAUAACAGGCAGGACCAACAAGAAGAUUGCGACAAAGUCCCUAAGGAUAAUAUAUUUUUUCCGAUGAGAGAAGAACAGUCAUUCGAUAGAAUAGUCAGGAACAAUUACGAUGACCAGAAUGAAAUGUUGAGAAAACUCAAGGAAUACGGAUCCAACAUCGAUUCGGAUAAUCCAGAAAAUGACAAUAAAAGAACGGAUAGCGUGGACAGCCUUUCUUCCGGUCUUGCAGGUCCAAAAUUUCCAUCGCAAGGAAGACACAGCAGCGGAAAACUGUGCACUCCAACUGAUACUCUCCACGUUAAGAAUUUGGUGGUGGGCAUAAGGCAGCCUGAGUUACAAGACAUCUUCAGAGUUUUCUUGAACGAUAUAGUUUUGAUCAGAGUAUUGGAUAACAAAUUUAACGGAGAAGCCGUUGUUGCCUUUAAAAACGUUGAAGCUGCCCAGAAAGCAUGGAGUCAAAUGAACGGGGUGGAGUAUAAACGUCUUCCAUUAGUCUUGGAAUUCUCGAAUAAGGAGGACUUAUUAUAA